AUGCACGCGAACGACAUUCUGUUCUGCUCCACACUCCAAGGGUGCGUCUUGGAGCUCGGGUGCGACCUCGUGGAUGCAUUCGAGUCUCCACGCCACCGUCAUGGGGGAGAUACAAGUCGUAAUUUUAACACAGCCGUUGGCCCGGCAUCCAACGGCGACACUCGAUCCGAACAUGAACUCUUCCUCGAUGGCAUGCGUAUGCACGGCCGGUCUUGGAAACUCAUUGCCGGGAAUGUCAAGUCGCGGACGUUGACGCAAUCGCGGACGUUGACGCAAGUUCGAACCCAUGCACAGAAAUACUUAGCCCUUCAGCUCCAGCAGCAGUUAUUUGGUCGAAAGGUGUCGUGCACCACCAAACGCCACCAAGCGAAUCGAUUCGACUCUGACCUCAACGACGACAGGCUCAUAUACAUCAAUCGCCAUACGCGGCCGCAACGCCAUGAGUUCAUCCCCAUCAAGCCGUUCAACUACGAAGCUAACCGCAUUGCAUUGCCAUCGACGAGGAAGGAGUUCCACGGCACGGCCGCCACCUCCAUCGCGUUUGGGUCCAACACUGCGUAA